AUGUCAAAUCUAAAAAUGAAAGAGGCAGCCCUUAUCUAUCUUGACAGAAGAGGAGGCCUCCAAAAGUUCAUAGAUGAUUGCAAAUACUACAAUGAUUUGAAACAAAGUUAUGCUGUCUAUCGAUUCAAUAUUUUAAUAAAUCCCUCUGAUAUUGUUGAGCUGGAUGCUGAACUUGGAAAUCACAUUUUACACCAGCCUUUAAAAGCUGCUCAAGUUUUUCAAUCAGUCUGUUUUAUUGCUGUUAAGACUCUUUCAUUAAUCGGACAAUUACAGACUGAAACUCAAAUUAAUAUAGUGCUGAAGUUAACACAUUUACCUCCCCUGCCAAGUUAUAGUCUUGAUCUUUGUGAGUUUCCAUUUGAUUAUACAUCUCAAAGAUUUUAUACAAUGCAAGGAAUUGUGAUUGCAAUGACAACUGUAACCAAGUAUACACAAGGUGCAAGAUUUCUUUGUUCAGAUGAAGCAUGCCCUCUUUCAAAAGGAUUUCAGUAUAUAAGAGUGCAUGUGCCUGGUGCUACAGAAUCUGCAACAGUAAGAAAUGACUUUUUGUGUAAUGUAUGUUCAUCUUCACUUCAGGAAGACAGAAAAUUAAGAGUACUUGGUGAUAAACAGAUAGUUGAAAUAAUUACCACAAAGGCACUUCAUGCUUUUCGAGGGUAUUCUAACAACCAGCCAUUUAGAUUUCAGUCUCUUACAAUCUUCCUCAGAGAUGAAUUAGUGAAUAAAAUGAAUAUGGGAAACGAGUAUAAGAUUAUUGGAAUUCCAGCCUGUGUAAAAACAUCACAAACUGCUGUCUGUAUAGAGGCAAAUAGUAUCACUUUCUGCAAUCCAAAAGUUCCUUCAGGAAUUAGCGACAAUUUCAGAUGUCUCCUCUCUUUGACUUCCAGCUCAUACUGGAAGUUUACAGCAAUACUUGCCAAUAUCUUUGCAUCACAAAUUGUUCCUCCUGGGACUUACAGUUUGCUCAAGCUCUGUUUGCUGAUGAGUCUAGUACAGACAAGUGACCGUAACAAGGAACCAGAAGAUUGCCUGGAUAUUUUAAUUAUAACAAGUGAUAUUCUACUCGUAGACAGGCUUUUGAGUUUUAGUAUAAACCUUGUACCCCGUGGUAUACGUCAUCCAGCCUCCACUGAAAUUUUUCCUACUCUAUCCAGGAAUAAGUAUGGAACUGGAGCAGUUAGCAUUCAAGCUGGCAGUGCUUUGCUAGCUAAAGGUGGUAUCUGCUUUAUAGGAGACUUGGCUUCACACAAAAAAGAUAAACUUGAACAGCUUCAAUCAGCUGUGGAAAGUAGAAGCAUCACAGUAUACAUCUCGGGAAAGAAGUUUGGGGAUGAUAUGGAUCAACAAAUGACUUUUCCACUUCAGUGCAGUUUUUGGUCUUUUGUUGAUAUGGAUUCAUCUUCAAGGAGAAAUAUACAGAAAACCAAUACUCUAAUUGGUCAGAUGGAUUACAGUUUGAUUCCAGCUAAUCUUGUAGAGGCUUUUGGAUUAUUGAUUAACUGCAAUGAAUCAUCUCCUUGCCACCCACUUCUUCUAACCGUGCAACAUACUUUAAAGAAAGCCAUUGAUCCUGAAGGGCUGCUUUACGUAGCUUCGAAACAGUUCACAACUGAAGAUUUUGAAAAGCUGCUUGCAUUUGCAAAGAAUUUGAAUGUUGAAUUCAGCUUGGAGGCAGAAAGAAUGAUUCAUGGCUAUUACCUAGCAAGUCGCAGAAUCAGAACAGAUUCUAUAUGUGGAUCAAAGCUGUCAGCAUCUGCAUUAAAAUAUUUAGUUUCCCUAUCUGAAGCCCAUGCUCGAUUGAACUUAAGGAAUAAAGUGCUUAAAGAAGAUGUACUAAUUGCAGCCUUAUUAUUUGAAACAUCUCUAACAUUGAAAUAUGGGGCUGCUGUAUUUUGUGUUGCUCCAAAUGCAGUAUUUCCAUUUGAACUGUAUGAUGAAGAAUAUUUAGAGCAAAGGGAUAUCUAUCUGACUCAGUGCCAACAACAGCUCCAACAGUUUAUUGCCACAUAUGGACCCGGGGCAGCUGUUUUUGCUAGUGAUGAAUAG